AUGGAUGUGGGCAAAGUGCUGGUCCUCCUCCUGAGUAUUGUGACCUCUGAAGUGAACCAGGUGGACACCAAAUCUCUCGACUUUGUGUGUGGCAGCGAGGACAGGGAGGGUCUUGAACAAGGAACUCAAAUAGAUUAUGUUGAACUGCAGCACUGCAGCCUCUCCCCCACCUCCAUUCGAUUACCCUGCAUCAAGGUUCACAAUGCAAACUGAGGAAAGAAGCCUGUCCUGGAGCGGAAGGCUGAGCUCCUGCACUCUUUGGGGAUGCUGAAGGAGGAUGUGCACUGUGCCAGGACUUGGAGCCAACCUGGCUGUGGCCUCGUUCUGCUGGAACGCUUGGAAUGCAGCAUCAAUACCUGCAUGUUGUCACACAAAUCCUCAAUGAGAUGGCUACGUUCUUUGCACCUGCUGGUCCACAGCGGUGUGGGUUAUGCUGGAAGCAUGUGCUUGCAUCACGCGCUCACAGACUGCCUGGGUGAAUCAGAGGGGCCCCAGACAUUCGCCUGUCUAGGUCAGGACUCACAGGACUUGGUGCUGAGACAGUUUGGACGGCUACUCUCGGCCAAGCUUGAAUGGCUCAUUACAGACUUUCGCAACCAGUGUCUUUCUUUUAACUUUGCACAAUGGGACAGACAGGUGUGGUCAUCAUCAGCGUGAAGCAGCCUUCAAGAAAAUGGAGGUCUAGGCACAGAAUGUCUCUGCCUAUUGGGGACUGAUGCCAUCAUAUGGAUAUAUCAUGCCACCUGCUGGUAAAAA